AUGGAUAAAUACUUAGCAGGGAUAGUUCCAAUUCAAAAGGGGGAUAAAUUUAAUCUUAUGCAAUGUCCGAAAAAUGAAUUGGAACAAGAACAAAUGAAGAACAUUCCUUAUGUAUCUGUUGUUGGGAGUUUAAUAUAUGCUCAAACUUGCACCAGACCAGACAUUAGUUUUACUGUCAGAAUACUGGGCAGAAAUCAAAGUAAUCCAGGAUUAGAUCAGUGGAAAGCUGCAAAGGAAAUUCUUAGAUAUUUGCAAGGAACAAAGGAUUAUAUGCUCACUUAUAGAAGAUCUAAUCACCUUGAGGUGAUUGGAUAUCCAGGUUCAGAUUUUGCUGGAUGUGUUGAUACAAAAAAGUCAACAUUUGGCUACUUAUUCCUAUUAGCCAAAGGAGCAGUUUCAUGGAAGAGUGCGAAGCAGUCUGUCAUUGUUGCAUUCACUAUGGAGGCUGAGUUUGUAGCUUGCUUUGAGGCUAUCGUUCAUGGAUUAUGGCUGCGUAAUUUUAUUUCAGGACUUUGA